AUGAAUGGAUUUUCCUUACAGUCUACCGCUACUCUUAAGAAAGCAAAUAAAGUCCUGAGCUUAGCAUUUAUAGGAGUCCUGGAGGGACAUUCGAGGCUGACAAGACCUGCGUGGUGGAGCCUGGCCGGGCAAGUAGGUAGUCAAAUCGGCAUUUGGGAUCGUGAAGCAUGGUGGUCUGGGGUUGAGAAGUAUGGUGGUGUGACCCCCAUAAAUCUCGGCAAAUCUCGGCCACUGCCCUGA